AUGAUACGACCUAUUGUCAGAAGAAGCAUACGGUUGUAUUCCACUGCAACUAACUCGCUGUCAGUAGAAGUGCCAUCAGACAUAACAUCCCGUCCUUCACUACUUUCAAUUCUUCCAUCGAAAAGAACAAUCAAUCGAAUCUUAUUCGAUAAUGAUGCCAGAUUACCUUAUAAAAAGAUGAUGCCUGUCUUAUCUACAAUCUAUGAUAAUUUGGACACUCCUAGUGAAAUAAAGUUUCCUAAAUAUGUGAAGCCUAGUGAUUUAAUGACCUUUAAGAGUGUACUUGGAUCAAUUCGAGUGAUGACACAUAGUAUGAAUCGAAAUUUAGUUAGGUUAGAAAAUGAAUUAGUUGAACAAGCUGCUGAAUUGGGUGAUAAUGAUGCAAUUACUAUACUUGCAUUCGAAACAGUUAGGAAGAAAGUAAAAGGACAAGAGGUUACCAAGGAAGAUUAUCAAUACGCUAAUGAUUUAAUUAAACAAUUGACUGACUUGAAACAUCCAUUGGUAUUUAAGAUGGGUGGAGAUUUGGCAUUUGAAAUGAAUGUACAUGAGAAAGCUAAAGAGUAUUGGUUAGAUUUUAUAAAAUUACAACCAGAUACCAUAAUGGCAAGUCAUGUUUAUUGUAACCUUGGGAUGUAUUACUUUAGUUAUGGAGAACAUCCAGAUUUAAAACAAGCUAAAUUAUAUUUUGAAAAAUCUAUUAGAUUUGGGGAGAUUGAUAAAUAUACCAUUAAAGCUCAUUAUUAUUUAGGACAAUUAUAUGCUGAAGUUGAUCCAAGAGUUUCCAAAUAUCAUUGGGAAGUUUCUGCAUCACAGGGACUUAAAGAAUCAUUUCAAAGUUUAGGGUUUUUAGAAAUGAAUAUAUUUGAGAAUUUUGAAAAAGCCUUGGAAUGGUUUAAAUUGGGAGUAGAGGCAUCUAAUGAUGUCGCUUGUUUAAUUGGACAAUUUGAUGUUUAUUUCAAAAUGAAGAAAUAUCAACAAGGGUUUGAUAUUUUAGAUAAACUUGAAACUUUGCAAGAACAAUUCAAUAAAGCUAAGUUAAGAGGUGAUAUACCUGAUGAUAUGAAGAGUGUAAUGGAAUUGAAUAAAUCAUUAUUAGAAACAUUUUUUAAUACAAGAACCGAUGAUAUCAAACUUUUGACGUCAAGACUCGGUUAA